CCUGAACACCAUGGCUGCAGAGCUUCCCUGCGCCCCGGGCGCCGCCAUCCCCCUGCCAGCCCCUGCCGAGAGCGGCUGCUCGGACGAGUUCGCCCUGGACUGCACCUUCGCUGCCUGCGACCCCGAGCGUACAGGGCUGGUGCAGCCGCAGCGGGUGGUGGAGUACGUGGCGGCCAUGACCGGGCACAGCGGGCACGACGGACGGCUGCGGGCGCUGCAGCGGGCAUUGGACCCCGCAGCCGCGGGCACGGCGCUGGACUGGAGCCGGUUCCGCAGCGCCAUGGGCGCCUGGAUCGCAGCGUGCCGGCAGGACGGGGCCGAGGAGCAGGACAUGGCCACUGGUGACACUGGAGCAGUGCCAGCAGAGGACGAAGGACACGCAUCCCCAGCAGCUGCCCAGCUCCAGGGUGACAACACGGACGCCACCAGCCCCAGCGCCGAGGCCGCGGGGCUGCGGAGCCGUACCCGGCAGCUGGCAGCCCAGAACGCCAAACUGCAGCGGGACGCCGAGCUGGCUGAGGAGCUCAACGCCCGCCUGGCCGAGGAGAUUGCACAGCUCCAGGCGCAGCUGCGAAGCAGCCGGCAGGCGCUGGAGCAGGCCAGGGCAGCCGUGGAGGAGCUGGACGACAUGAAGGCCGUGGUGAAGCGGCUGGAGGAGGAGAACACCGAGCUGCGGCGGCAGGCACGGCACACGGAGAAGGAGCAGCGUAGCCUGUGCUCGCGGGCCGAGGGCCUGCAGGAGGAGAACCAGCGGCUCCUCGCCGAGGGCCAGGGACUGCGGGAGCAGCUCCAGGCACAGGCGGCUCGCGUGGCCAGCCUGGAGGCCCAGCUCUGCCGUGGAACUGCCCUGCUCUCUGCACGGGACGCAGCCCUUGCCCAGGCAGGGCAGAGGGCUCAGGAGCUGACAGCAGCACUGGAGGAGUACGAGCGGAUGGUGCAGGAACUGCGCCUGGAGACGACGCGGCUGCGGCAGCAGCUGGGCCAGAUGCGGGACGCCUGGGCCAUGCGCCCGUGGUGCCCACGCGGCCAGCUGGAGCUCCAGGCCACAGCCACGGCGAGCCCGGGCACAGGGGACAAGGAGGAGGACAAGGAGGAGGACGCAGGGACAGGAGGAGGAGACCUGGAGGGCAGCCCCGAGGAGGUGGCCAAGGCGGUGGCCCCCCAGGCGCCGCUGUCACUGUGGACGCCGCUGCUGUCACCGUGGGCUCUGGCGCUGCUGGCCCUGCUGGCCCUGCUCUACCUCUUGCCCCGCCAGCUGCCCCAGCCCCAGCUGCGCCACCGGAGCCCCCCGCCCCUGUGA